GCAGAUCCCCCACUCCAACUACUGCUACUUAUAUAUAUCCCCUCCUUCCCCUUCAAACCCACUCUCUUAUCGGAUCAAGCCGUCGAGAUCCGCGUCCGAACCCGAACCCGUUGCGAUGGCGAGGAAGAAGAUCCGAGAGUACGACUCGAAGCGACUCCUCAGGGAGCACCUCAAGCGGAUCGCCGGUAUUGAUCUCCAGAUCCGAUCCGCUCAGGUUACACAAACAACUGAUUUCACUGGAUUAGUGGACAGUGAACAAUGGCUUUCUUCCAUGAAAUUGGUCGUGAAGCCUGACAUGCUAUUUGGGAAGCUGAACUUGGAUAUGGCUCAGGUGGCUCAAUUUGUUAAAGAACGGCUAGGCAUCGAGGUUGAGAUGGGCGGAUGCAAGGCUCCGAUCACAACGUUCAUUGUCGAGCCUUUUGUUCCACAUGACCAAGAAUACUACCUUUCAAUUGUUUCGGAGAGGCUUGGUUCUACUAUUAGCUUCUCAGAGUGUGGAGGAAUUGAAAUUGAAGAGAAUUGGGACAAGGUUAAGACUAUAUUCCUCCCCACCGAGAAGCCCAUGACACUAGAAGCAUGUGCACCAUUGAUUGCAACCCUUCCGCUUGAGGUGCGAGGGAAAAUUGGAGAAUUCAUAAAAGGGGUGUUUGCUGUAUUCCAAGAUCUGGAUUUUACUUUUCUUGAGAUGAAUCCAUUUACCUUGGUAAAUGGGGAGCCUUACCCAUUAGAUAUGCGUGGAGAACUGGAUGACACAGCAGCUUUCAAGAAUUUCAACAAGUGGGGUGAUAUAGAGUUUCCACUUCCUUUUGGUAGAGUUCUGAGUGCUACAGAAAGCUUUAUUCAUGGACUGGACGAGAAGACAAGCGCUUCUCUGAAGUUCACCGUUUUAAACCCGAAAGGACGCAUAUGGACGAUGGUGGCUGGUGGUGGUGCCAGUGUCAUAUAUGCUGAUACAGUUGGAGACUUGGGUUAUGCAUCUGAGCUUGGGAACUAUGCAGAAUACAGUGGUGCCCCGAAUGAGGAUGAGGUUUUGCAGUAUGCUAGAGUUGUUCUUGAUUGUGCAACUGCAGACCCUGAUGGUCGCAAGAGAGCUCUUCUAAUUGGUGGAGGAAUUGCUAACUUCACUGAUGUUGCUGCUACUUUCAAUGGGAUUAUAAGGGCUCUAAGAGAGAAGGAAUCCAAACUAAAGGCAGCAAGGAUGCAUAUUUAUGUUCGAAGAGGUGGCCCAAAUUAUCAGACUGGUCUCACGAAGAUGAGAGCUCUAGGUGUAGAACUGGGCAUUCCUCUUGAGGUUUAUGGGCCAGAGGCUACAAUGACUGGAAUCUGCAAGCAAGCUAUUGACUGUGUCAUGUCAGCUGCAUAAAUUCAACUUUUGAUUUCCCCUUCAGCCUCUGUUGUCUUUUUUUUUUAAAUCACCAAGUGAGGGAGUGGAAAUCGAGGGUUGUUGAACUUAAUCAUCAAGUUUGUCAAGGACAUCUCUUCGUCAGGUGUGGGGAAAAAAGUAAAAAACUCUUCAUAAUUCGAGUUAUGCGAGUCUAUGUGUGGUUGAAUGCA